AAUUAUAAAAAAUAUUAUUUAAAAAUGUUAGAUUUAUUUACAAUAUUCAGCAAAGGUGGUAUUGUAUUGUGGUGUUUUCAAGGUACAUCACAAAUAUUUACACCAUCUGUAAAUGCACUUAUUAGAAGUGUAAUAUUACAAGAACGUACUGGUUUUAAUAAAUUUGAUCAUAAUGGGUUAACAUUACACUACAAAUUAGAUAAUGAAUUCGAAUUAAUAUUUGUGGUGGCAUAUCAGAAAAUAUUACAAUUAUCAUAUGUUGAUAAAUUCUUAAAUGAUAUUCAUUUAGAAUUUCGUGAUAAAUAUAAAAAUGUUUUAACGAAUACUUCUACUAUACAACAUUGUUUUUAUGAUUAUGAUUCGUUCAAUAACAACUAUAAGCAAGUUUUAAAGAAUGCUGAAAAAUGGGCAUUACAACAAGCAAAAGCACCGAAACAAAUGCGUACAUACGAGGAAUCUGUUAAAUCGAAGAAAACUGUUGCAUCGAUGAUUGAACGUAAAAAUGAUGAUCAGAAAAAUACCAAUAAAAAGCAAAACAAGAAAAGUGUAGCUUUUCAAAAUGGCGACAUCGAUAAUGAAUCUAAAGGUAAAUUAUUAAAUGAUGAAAGUAAGGAUGUAAACGUGAAUGUAUUGCCCGAAUCACCAACAAGUGAAGAUGUUAUAAAAGCUAAUCGUUUGAAAUUAGCACAGAAAUUAAAUAAAACUAAAGCGGAGAAAAAGAAAAGUCCAAAAUCACCAACAUCACCAUCGGAGGGUAAAGGAGGUAAAAAACCACGUGUAUGGGAAUUGAGUGGUAAAAAUAGUGAUUUAACAUAUCUAGAACGAACAACUGAUAAGCCACCAUCCGACGACGAUGAAUAUGUGUCUUCAGUUAAUACACAUUUGAUUGGUAAAAUGCAAGGUAAUAUUAAAAAUUUAGAAAUUGACUCAUCAACCGAUGAAGACGAUGAUGAUGACGAUGAAAAUGAUAACGAUAAUGUUAAAACAACAAACAAUAACAAUAAUAAAAAAUCGAAAGGAAUAUUUUCAUUAUUUAAAACAUUAGUAAAUACAAAUCGUACAUUAUCAUUAGAAGAUAUGGCACCAGUACUAGAUAAAUUAAAAGAUCAUCUUAUAUCGAAAAAUGUUGCUUCCGAUAUUGCUGAUAAAUUAUGUCAAUCAGUUGGUACACGACUUGAAGGAAAAAUUAUUGGUACAUUUGAUACAAUUACUACGCAUGUCAAACAAACAUUAAAUGAUGCAUUGGUACAAAUCUUAUCAUCGUCACGUCGUAUUGACAUCUUACGUGAUUGCUUAGAAAUCAAUGAAAAAUAUCGUCGACCAUACGUCAUUGUAUUCUGUGGUGUUAAUGGUGUCGGCAAAUCAACAAACUUAGCAAAAAUAUGUUUCUGGUUAAUUGAAAAUAAUCAACGUGUUUUAAUCGCAGCAUGUGAUACAUUCCGUGCGGGUGCUGUAGAACAGUUACGUACACAUACAAAACAUUUGAAUGCAUUACAUUCAACCGGAACGAAAGCAAAAUAUGUGGAACUCUAUGAAAAAGGUUAUGGUAAAGAUGCAGCAGCUAUAGCAAUGGAAGCCAUUAAAUACGCCAAUGAUUCGAAAUAUAAUGUAGUAUUAAUUGAUACCGCUGGACGUAUGCAAGACAAUGAACCAUUGAUGCGUUCAUUGACUAAAUUGAUAAAAAUCAAUGAACCAGAUUUGGUGUUGUUUGUUGGGGAAGCUUUGGUUGGUAAUGAAGCUGUAGAUCAAUUAAUCAAAUUUAAUAAGGCUUUAGCUGAUUAUUCAUUACAAACACAAUCGCCUCAUUUAAUUGAUGGUAUUGUAUUGACUAAAUUCGAUACUAUUGAUGAUAAAGUGGGUGCUGCCAUUUCUAUGACAUAUAUUACAGGUCAACCAAUAAUAUUUGUUGGUACUGGACAACAAUAUACCGAUUUAAAAGCAUUGAAUGCUAAAGCUGUUGUACAUGCUUUAAUGAAGUAAUUUUUUUAAUUUAUA